GCUGCGCUGUGUGGCCGUGCUGCGUUCAGGUCACCGUGGCUGCGCGAAUUCCCCUCUUUGUGUUUACACAUCCGGGUUUCCCUGUUUGCAGCCCAUUCCCCAUUUAGAAGCCAUUUUGGACACAGAUCAGUAACAUGCAUGUAAACCCCGACCGACCUCCCGACGCGGCGGUGCUCUUCCUCCACUGAACCACCGUCAAACGGCGGAUUCUCUUUUUUUGUCGCGCGACCCGCUUCCCGUCGGCUUUACCCUCCCGCUCCCGGUGCGGAGCGCGGCGGCUCGGCGCGGACUCGCAGCCCGGUAGUAGCUCGCGCCUCGCGCUUCUUGCAACAUUGUUGCAGCGUCGCGUCGCGUCGCGUCGCGGCUAUUGACACGCGCUGUGGUGGAGGCGGCGGCGGUGCUGGUUCGGGCUGCUGGAGGAACCGGAGGCCUGCGGUCGCUUUGAUCCCGGACCGAUGUUUGUGGACGAGCCGAGUUUUCAUGUUCGCGACGGAACCCUGGGGAACCCUCCGUGCUGCAUUUAGAGCGGAACAUGUCUUUUUCAUGGCUGACUUGUUCACUUCUUCUGGGAACUUUGUGCGCAGGGUACAGUCUGGGAGAAGCGGAGACCCGCGAGUGCGUGUACUACAAUGAUAACUGGCGCACGGAGAGGACGAACCAGAGCGGCUUCGAGCGCUGCGAGGGGGAGAAGGACAAGCGGCUGCACUGUUACGCCUCCUGGCUCAACUCCUCAGGGACCAUCAAGCUGGUGAAGAAAGGCUGCUGGCUGGACGACUUCAACUGCUAUGACAGGCAAGAGUGUGUCUCGAUGGAGGAAAACCCUCAGGUCUUCUUCUGCUGCUGCGAGGGCAACUACUGCAACGAGCGAUUCACCCACCUCCCCGACAUGAUUGUGAAAAUCCGGCCUCCACCUCGGGUGCCGUCCAUGCUCAACGUGCUGGUGUAUUCCCUGCUGCCUCUGUGCGUGCUGUCCCUGGCCCUCAUCCUGGCCUUGUGGAUGUACCGCCACCGCAAACCCCCCUACGGCCACGUGGACCUGAGCGAGGAUCCGGGGCCCACCCCCCCCUCCCCCAUGGUGGGCCUGAAGCCCCUGCAGCUGCUGGAAGUGAAAGCCAGGGGGCGCUUCGGCUGCGUUUGGAAAGCCCAGCUGAUGAGUGAAUACGUUGCUGUAAAGAUCUUCCCUGUUCAGGAUAAGCAGUCGUGGCAGAACGAGCGUGACAUAUUCCUGAGUCCGGGGAUGCGACACGAGAACGUCCUGCGCUACAUAGGCGCCGAAAAGCACGGAACCAGCUUGGAAAUGGAGCUGUGGCUCAUCACGGAGUUUCAUGAGAGGGGCUCGUUGACGGACCACCUGAAGGGUAACACUGUGACCUGGAGCGAGCUGUGCCUCAUAGCAGAGACCAUGUCGCGAGGUUUGGCCUACCUCCACGAGGACGUCCCCAGCCACAAGGGAGAGGGGCCCAAACCCACCAUCGCACACAGGGACUUUAAGAGUAAGAAUGUGUUGCUUCGAGAUGAUUUAACUGCAGUCAUUGGCGACUUCGGGCUCGCUGUACGAUUUGAACCAGGAAAACCUCCAGGAGAUACUCAUGGCCAGGUGGGUACGAGGCGUUACAUGGCUCCAGAGGUGCUAGAGGGAGCCAUUAACUUCCAGAGGGACUCCUUCCUGAGGAUAGACAUGUAUGCCAUGGGCUUGGUGCUGUGGGAGCUCGUGUCCCGUUGCUCAGACGUUGACGGUACGGUUGGCGAGUACAUGCUGCCCUUUGAGGAAGAGAUAGGCCAGCAUCCCUCCCUGGAGGACCUUCAGGAUGUGGUUGUGCACAAGAAGAUGCGUCCAGUCUUCAAGGACUGCUGGUUCAAACAUCCUGGUUUGAGCCAGAUGUGCGAGACCAUCGAGGAAUGCUGGGACCACGAUGCUGAGGCGCGAUUGUCGGCCGGGUGCGUGGAGGAGCGCAUUGGCCAGAUUUCCAGGACGAUCAGCAGCACUACCUCAGACAGCCCCGUCUGCAUUGUGACGUCUCUCACCAACGAGGACCUACCUCCCAAAGAGUCCAGCACCUGAGGGGGGGGGGCAUCAACCUUCACCUGAGCUCCUGACUUUUUAGUUUUUCAAACCCAAACUCAGCGGAUCCCCGUGAACAUUUACAAACGACGACGACUAGCAACUUGAAUGCAGCUGCUGUGUUAUCUCAAAACUGGUAUAUUUUUGGUUUGUUUUAAUGUUUUUGGUGUUUUUAAGUUGGAUUUUACUAACAAAUCCAUCUGCUGUAGUUUUAAAGUAGUACUAAAAAUACUAUGCGAUGGGCACGUGAUGAUGCCUAUGUGUCAAAUCUUAAAUAUUGUCAUUACCUCAUGUAUUUCUUUUGUGUUAGUCUGUUUUAUUACCUCAUGAGUUAUCUUUUUCAUUUUCCUGUCUCGGUCAUGAUCGUCUGCGGCCAAAUGAAACGAACCUUUGCUCCAAACCUCGGACGACGUGCUGCACACCUCGGAGGAACCGUUAUGAGACUGUUAGACAAAAUACAUUCAUCUUCCUCAGGGGUCAAAGCUUCUCGAAUUUUAAACUCGAGCGUGCUCCCUUAUUUUAAACCUGGGAAUGCCUCAAAGUGGGAGGGGGUAAACAAGCAGAUGAAAAGACCUGGAGCACAGCUGUUUUAUUGUAGGGAUGGGAGCUAAAUAGGAGCUGAGCAGAUGCAUCGGACAUUUUGAACUUUUUAAAAAUUCAGGACAAGCAUCUUGUCCAAGGGGAACUACCUCUCAGGUAUCCAGUAAGCUUCUUUGGAUUUUUUUCUUUAAUUUGAGAGCCAAGCUAUCCAGCUAGCUGUCAUGGACAUAUUCCUGGAUUUCUUUGUUUCCUACUUGUCGAAAUUCAGAGUUACUCCUUUGCCAGUGCCAGGGGCAUUGACGGAUGCUGUCUGGAGUUGCAAUGUUACACGUUCUCUUUUUUUUUUUUUUUUUUUUAAACUUGUCUGUGUGUGUACAUGUACAUAUGUGUGAGAGUAUGAAGAGUAAAUGGUAUGAGACGGCUGGAGAGCAUGUUUAUGAAAUGACAACCCUGAGCAGGUAGUUGGGGUUUAUCCUUGUGAGGGCCAUACUUGAGUAAGCAACAUGUCUGUUUUUUUAAUUUUCAGGGGUGUUCGUUCGAUAGACUCAGACACUAAUCCCCAGAUACCUCAGUCACUGUACGUCAUGCAAGGAGAGCUCAAAUGGUUGCCUUUGUCUCAAAUGCAAUGCCAUAGUUGUACCAUAACAUGAAUACCAUACAUUGAAUGUCUGUUAUGCUGCUGUGACUAUUCCAGGAUACUCAAGGAUUUGUAGAUGUACAUGUCUUCUAUGUUCAUAUAACUCUAACGUGAUCAUUAUCCAUGAUAUUUUGUGAGGCUAAUAUUCUUUUUUUUUCCCUUCUUCAUUAUUUUGACUGGGUAGGCUCUCAGCUGCUUACUCCUCCAGACUGACCUCAGAUAUUCUGACAAGUACCUCAGGCUUUUUCUACAUGUAUAUCAACUUGUGUUAUGUAUUUUCUUGUGUUUUAGUAGUUGAGAUAUUUUAUUGCCUAUUGGCCUCUUUGUCUGUGGAGUUUUUUUUAAUGGAGCCUGACAAGUUUGUCACGGUGUCAAUGCUGUAAAAAAAAAACACUAAAAGAGAAGAGGCAGAUUCUUGUAAAUAGACGUGUACACACAGUUGCCGAACACUGAUCUGUUUGUUUUUUAAUACAAAAUCAGGGUAUUACUGUUCUCAUUUCACAGAAACAGGGAUUUCCACCUCUGCAUAUUUAGAAGUCGUUUUGACAACUAGCCCUGUGAUUAUAUAUACAUAUAUAUUUUCAGAUUUUUCAUUAAUGGUGAUUGUGUUACUGUUUAUGAAUAAUGGUAUCAGUUCCUCUGGGUCAGAAGCUGUGUAGGUAGCACUUGCAUUAGAAAGCUUAGUAUGAAUAUCAUCACACAACAUCAAAAAAAGCCCUAAUGGUUUGGUGCAGGUGGCUUCUGUGAUUUGCCACUUGUUUGAAAUGCCAGUUUGAACAGUAUUACCUCAAUAUUAACCUGCUGAUGUGAUGUUUAUUACUGUACAGUGAUAGUUUAGCCACGUUGGACAACACAAGCUCAUCUGUUGUGCUUUGGUUAGUGCUGUGGAAAGAUGGUGGUCCUCAACAGUGGUCUGUAACGCUUGUUCCUGUGCAGUUUUGAUAAAGAAUGUGUGGAGGAUAAAAAAAACAUCAAUCAAUAUAAAAUAAUGUGUUUAGUGUUUGGAAAUCAUCCACGUCUGUAACCACAGGAUUGAUUUUCUUAAUGGAGCCCCAUUAGGAGUAAUGUAAAUGGUGGCAUGUGCGUGGUCCAAGGGUCCAGCAAUAUUUAUUAUACAGCAAUAGUCAUUUCAGCAUCAUAAGUCAUUCAACUCAGCUGUGACUUAGCAGUAUCUUCUGCAGUUCAAUAAAAUAAUUCUCAUUGCAUCUAGAUCGUGUUCAAACUAGGACGGGUUAAAGCGUCCCGAUAGUACAGUGCUUUGAGUUGAACGUGACCCAGGUGCUCUCACUUAUUGUGCCAGGAAAAAACACACACACACAACGUUCACGUAGGAAAAUCCGCCGUGAUCAGUUGCUUCCAAAUGCUGUCUUACACCCAGCUCUUCUGAACAGAAAACCAGUUACCUCAUGCAGUACCUCGUUAGUAACACUAACACAAAAUCAGUGUCAUCUUAAAAAAUAACAAAAAAAUCUAUUAUUGUGUAUAUAUUUACAAGACAAAUGUAAAGGUUUUUCCUUUUCAUGUGUGAGUCCUGUGAAUGCAGAAUCCUCUCUUUUUAUUUGCAGUCAAAGUGUUGUUCAUUUUUUGUAGCGUGGAUGGACGUUUCACUAAAUUUUGUGACCUUCCCUGUUUAUGUGAACUGUGUGUAUGUACAGUGUGUCUGUGUGUGUGUGUUGGUUGGCUUCACUACAGCAGUAUGAAUGGUUGGUAACUGUGCGUUGCAAUGCUUAGAAAUAUAAACUAGAUGAGAAUUCAACCAUCUUUUGUAUAUUAAAAUAAAUACAAAUGCUGAUUAACCAUGUAA